CUAUUGUUUAUUGUUAGUGAUGGGAUGAUGCAGUUUAAUUGUUUGUGAAGGGAUGAUGCAUUUUUCAUAUAAAAAUCAGAGAACCGUGCAGUCUACAAUUUUGAUAAUGCAGGUAUUACUGGAAGUCUGCACUGUACAGGGGGUGGAAAAGUUGUACUGUGACAGCUGCUUGGACUGCACUGAUGAAACAACCAGUAAAAGAGUUUUAUGUUUAGAGGAAGAAUCUGCGUACUGUUUGACCCAAGUAUCUCGGAAAUUGGGUGAGGAAGGGAAUGAUACGCAGAGAUACGGAUUUCCGGAGGUUAACAAUUAUAUUCAAAACACUUUCUUCAGUUCGGAAAACGCCUCGUUCAUUCUCAACAAACUCUGUAUAAGUGAAACUACAGGUAAAUCUAUGAUCAAGGAUGGUUUAAAAACUGAUGACUUGAACCCUGUUGUUGUUGUCGGAGAUGGUUCUGAAGAUCUUCUCUGCUCAGAAGAGACGGCUUUGAAUCUUGGAGAACUAUGGAAAGGAACCCUGAUGCAGAACUAUAAGAUGGCGAAAGAUCCAAAGUUUUCUCCGACAUUUGUUUGUCUAUGUAAGAAAUCUGGAUGUAAUGCGGGAAACUUGCUAAGUAGUGAACAUGUACCUCUUCUUAUUCUUUUUCUUCAAAUAGUUUUUCUAUUUUGUUAAAAUUUUAUCCUUAAUAAAAAAUUUCAAAUUUGU